AUGGCGAGCGUGGUGGUGAAGACAAUCUGGCAGUCCAAAGAGAUCCAUGAGGCUGGGGACCCCCCUGCAGGGGUCGAGAGCCGCUCCCAGCUGGUCCCCGAGGCUCCUGGGGGGGUGACCACCCCGGCCAAGGGGAUCACGAAGAAAAAGAAGGCCGUGUCGUUCCACGGGGUGGAGCCUCGGAUGUCCCACGAGCCAAUGCACUGGUGCCUGAACCUCAAACGGUCCUCAGCCUGCACCAAUGUGUCACUGCUCAACCUGGCUGCCAUGGAGCCCACGGACUCCUCAGGGACAGACUCAACUAUGGAAGACAGUGGCCUGCUUGCCCUGCCGGUGCCCCCUGCCUCCCCCACCCCACCCUGGGCUUCAGAUGACCCAGACAUCACGGAAAUACUGAGUGGGGUCAACAAUGGAUUGGUCCGUGCCAAAGACUCCAUCACCAGCUUGAAGGAAAAGACCACCAAGGUUAACCAGCACGUGCAGACACUGCAGAGUGAGUGUUCUGUGCUGAGUGAGAAUCUAGAAAGAAGGCGACAAGAAGCGGAAGAACUAGAAGGGUACUGUAGUCAACUCAAGGAGAACUGCCGGAAGGUGACCUGGUCGGUGCAAGAUGCUGAAAUAAAAACCAACGUCCUGAAGCAGAACUCUGCCCUGCUGGAGGAGAAGCUGCGUUACCUCCAGCGGCAACUGCAGGAUGAGACCCCGCGGAGGCAGGAGGCCGAGCUGCAAGAGCUGGAGCAGAAGCUGGCCGCUGGCCUCUCUCGGCAUGGCCUGGGCCCCACCAACCAGUCCCCUGGCUGCUCUGGCCCUCCAGGGAGCCCCGACGAACCCCCACGACCGCGCAGCAUGGCCCCAGGCGGCUGGGGUAUGGGGCCCCGGGCAGGGGAGGGCCCCAUCAUAAGCGAGCAGGAGAUACAGAAGGUCUCCGUUGGCCUUGAGGAGCUGAGGAGGGAGGUGUCCUCGCUGACUGCCCGCUGGCAUCAGGAGGAGGGAGCGGUGCAGGAGGCCCUGCGGCUGCUCGGGGGCCUGGGCGGCAGGCUCGACGGCUUCCUGGGCCAGUGGGAGCGGGCGCAGCGUGAGCAGGCGCAGGCCGCGCGGGGCCUGCAGGAGCUGCGGGGCCGGGCGGACGAGCUGUGCACCAUGGUGGAACGAUCAGCAGUGUCUGUGGCUUCACUGAGGAGCGACCUGGAGGGACUGGGCCCAGUGAAACCUAUUCUGGAGGAGCUGGGGCGGCAAUUUCAGAGCUCUCGAAGAGGGUCUGACCUCUCCAUGAACCUGGAUCGGCCGCCCCAAGGCUCCUGUGCCCGCUAUGCCAGCCAGGGGUCACAGCUGUCCACAGAGUCCCUGCAGCAGCUGCUGGAGCGCGCACUGACCCCACUAGUGGACGAGGUGAAGCAGAGGGGCCUGGCUCCCGCCUGCCCCAGCUGCCAGAGGCUACACAAGAAGAUUCUGGAGCUGGAGCGCCAGGCCUUGGCCAAACACGUCAGGGCAGAGGCCCUGAGCUCCACCCUUCGGCUGGCCCAAGACGAAGCCUUGCGGGCCAAGAACCUGCUGCUGACGGACAAGAUGAAGCCGGAGGAGAAGGUGGCCACUCUGGACUAUCUACACUUGAAGAUGUGCUCCCUCCACGAUCAACUCAGCAACCUGCCACUUGAGGGGUCCACGGGGACAAUGGGGGGAGGAAGUAGUGGGGGGACUCCCCCCAAAUGUGGGGGCCCAACCCCUGAACAAUAA